GCGAUGUCGAUCUACUGUACUAUUCAUUGCAAUGCUCAUGCAGUCUAUCUUCAAUUUCAAGCAUUCUAUUCUGCACACAGUGAGAUGGAAGAGACGGCAGAGCGACCGGGCAGCAACGGCGACGCAGGCACCACUGCGAAUGGCAAUGCGAAUGGCAACGGCAAUCACACGACUCAGGACAAGGUCAAGCGCAAUGCAGCGAGGCAGGACCAAGGACAUGAUGGCGAUGAGCACGACGGCACAGAGGAGGACGCGGAAGAGGAAGCCGAAACCACCGCAAUGGACCUCAAAGACCUCUUUGCGAGCUGCGAUUUGGACAACAACGGCGUCAUUGAUCUCAACGACCUCCGACAAGUCACUACCACGCUCGGCAUCAGCAUCACACCAGAAGGCCUUCAGGAGUUGUUCGAUGUGCUUGAUACAAACCGCGACGGCGUUGUCACUCAAGACGAGUUCUCACUGGGCAUGCAGGCAUGGCUGUCCAGCGCCAAACGCAAUCGCACAACCUCUGUCGCAAGCGAUCUGUCUCCAGAGGAUGCCCACACGCCUCUGGCAGCGCCCGCCGGCGGCAGCGAACGUAUCGACAACCUGACAGCUCCCAUGACACGCGAACGAUCCGAAACAGACCACGAUGCCAAGCAACGGCUGGCUCUGCAGACACAGCGCAUGAAGGAAUACUUUGAGGCGCAGCUUGAUCGCGCAGACAGCCACCAACACCGAUUGGAGAGCGAAUUGCAACAAGUUGUCGGUGUGAACGAACGACUGAACAAUCAGCUCUCUCGCUUGCAACCCGUGCAAGACGAAACCAACCGACUGACCCGUGAAAUCGAGUUGCUCGAAUCUGAGAAGGCCGUGUGGGAGGAACGGGAACGCAACCUCUCGCAUCAGCUUCGAAAACUCGAGGAGGAGAAUCUAGUCAUGCGAAAACGCAUUCGCCAAAUCGAGGAAGAUUUCGAGUCGAAUCGAGCCGUUCUGACCAAGACUGAUGGGCGCCUGACCGAGUAUCUCUCACUCCAAAAGACCCUCGCUCGCCACGAGACCGAAAUGAAGGACCUUGCGACCGGGUUGGCAUCGCAACAGCAACACACUGACGCCAUCCGGCAAGAACUCGAACGUCAGGUGGCCGCAACGAUGGAGACCCGGACACAGCAAGAAAACAUCUCUGUCGUGUCUCAGCAGCAGCAGUUGGUUCAGCAGCAGCAAAUGCAGGCUGUUUCGCAACAGGUUGCUGAAGUGCGCGCCAUUUUGGCCACCGCCAGCCCAAGCGCGAGUACGCAGCUCAUGGAGGCGACGAGCACACCUCGAAAGCCCUCUUCGCCAACUGGCUUGGCAGGACGAGGCCGAGCAGACAGCGACAAUGGCCCUCAGUCUAGUCUGCAAGGCGAGCUCGAGCAUGCGUAUCAGUCGAGCUUGCUGGCAGGCGCAGAGGCAGCCGCUGCCGCCUCGGGCGGUACCCUGGUCGAGGUGAAUGGCAGCCCGUUGCUUUUGGCCAACGUGGCCACCGCAAACCAAGCGGUCGAUGCUCGCACGGGUCUUGUCUCGGCUUCCAAGCGCCAGCCUGUCCCGCAGCAAGGCGCCUUCUACAACAAUUCGGUCGGGUCGGCUGUGGCCUCGCCGACGGCAACGCCCACCAAAGCCGGCAAGGGCAAGAAACAGCUCAGUAGCGACAAUCUCGGAGACGUUCAUGCAGCGGACGAUGCUGCCCUGCUUUCCACGCCGAUUCGCGCCAACCCAGCCAUGGUCGGUCGACAACAAAGCGCGCCACUUCACGCAGCGCCCUACAGUCCGUCCCGAACCUAUUCGGCCUCCGCCAACCUGGUCGGAUCGCCCCAAGCUGUCAAGUCGUACGGAUCAAUGAGUGCCCGUGCCGAUAUGGAUGCGGCAGAGCGUCUCAACCAGAACCACGCCACGGAGGAGGCGCGUGCUGAAGUCCAUUCGCCCAAUAUCAAGUUGCAACCGUACAUGAAUGCUGCAGGCAUCAAUGCGGCAGGCAUCGACCGCAGCGACUCGUACUCAAUCACAUCACGCACCACGACCGCGAGCGAGAUGCGCCGCAUGCGAUGGGUGCCUGAUUUCGAAGUCAAGGAGUGCCAGUCAUGUACUCGGUCGUUCUUCCUCUUCCGCCGACGACACCAUUGCCGAAGAUGUGGUGGCUUGUAUUGCAGCUCGUGCUCGAAGUCCCAAAUGUGCCUCCCGCAGAUUGGCUACAUUGUUCCCGUGCGUGUUUGCGAUACCUGCUACCGCGAUGGCAAUCCGCUGGAUGUGGCCUCCGAAUUGCUGAUCAACCAGCCCGCAGUUGUCCCCGUGGUGACUUCGAGCGAUCUUGCUCGUCAUUAUUAAAUUCGAGUGGCCGACUGGAUUGAAAUUUCGGUUACAAUUCUCGUUUUGCUUUUGUGUCCGUGUUUGAGUGAUUGCUGUAGUUGUUGGUUGGUUGAAUUAUUUUUUUGCACAUGGAUGAACCUCGUGUCCUGUUUGGUUUGGUUUAUAACUUUGAAUGAAGAUGAUAUGAACAUUGUUAUA